GCUCUUACGUAGCUACUCUCCAUGCAGCCUCCAUGCCAGCCCUUUGCCCUCCAGGCAGAGUCCGCAGUGCACAAGACAGUGGCCUUAGCUAGAGGUGGGAUGGCAAGAGGAUUGAAUGGUCUAGGACAGCCCCAAUGACGAGCUAAGACCAGAGCAAUGAAAAAAAAAAACCAGUCCAGGAAUCAGUCCAAGUUCAAGUGAAAAUGCCCUGAGGCCAGAACAGUCAGGAGGGCUUGAAAGAUUUGUGAACAAGGAAGAGAGAGAACUCGGAAGCGAGAGCCAGGUGUUUUGCCACAUUCUGCACUAACGGAGAACAAUGACCUCAAUAUCUCAGUACGGAGGACCUCCAGACCAGGCAUCUGAAAGGCAUUCAGAGCCAGAAGCAAAAAGAAUAUGGAGCUGAACAGUAUGGCAGCCCCCGGCGCCCAGGGCUGCAGCAACACUGGCUUCCAGGAUGAAGAAGGCUGUUUAAAAAACCAGAACACGUCAGAAAACAACAACUCGAUUAGGAACAGACCCGUGCAAAGCGGGGAGCAUGGAAACAGCAAACAGGGUGAAGAACGAGUUACCAUUGAGCAGGAUUCUACAAGAAACAAGGAUGACGUGGAGGACGACCAAGAGAUGCACGAAAAGGGGUGUUUGGAAAAGAAGUACGAUACAGUUUGUGAUUUUUGUAGGAAACACAAAACCAUUCUUCGGUACAUCAUCUGGGGCAUUUUGUUAGCAGGUUAUCUGGCUAUGGUGAUUGCAGCCUGUGUGCUGAACUUUCACAGAGCCCUUCCUCUUUUUGUGAUCACCGUGAUAGCCAUCUUCUUUGUUGUCUGGGAUCACCUGAUGGCCAGAUAUGAACCUCGAAUUGACAAGAUCCUAUCUCCUGGCAGAAGGCUUCUGAAUGGCCAUUGGUUCUGGCUAAAGUGGGUGAUUUGGAGCUCCCUGAUCCUGGGGGUUAUCUUCUGGCUGGUCUUGGACACUGCCAGGAUGGGCCGACAGCAUCUGGUGUCCUUCGGUGGGCUCAUAGUGUACAUUGUCCUGUUGUUUCUGUUUUCUAAGCACCCGACCAGAGUUUACUGGAGACCUGUCUUUUGGGGAAUUGGGUUACAGUUUCUUCUUGGGCUCUUGAUUCUAAGGACUGAACCUGGAUUUAUAGCUUUCAAUUGGUUGGGCAAACAAGUUCAGACUUUUCUGGAGUACACUGAUGCUGGUGCUUCAUUUGUCUUUGGUGAGAAAUACAAGGAUCACUUCUUCGCAUUUAAGGUCCUGCCAAUUGUGGUUUUCUUCAGCACCGUGAUGUCCAUGCUGUACUACCUCGGGCUGAUGCAGUGGAUUAUUAGAAAGAUUGGAUGGGUCAUGCUAGUCACUAUGGGAUCAUCUCCUAUUGAAUCUGUAGUUGCUGCCGGCAAUGUGUUUGUCGGACAAACAGAGUCUCCACUGCUGGUUCGACCAUAUUUACCACACGUCACCAGGUCUGAACUCCACGCCAUCAUGACAGCCGGCUUCUCUACAAUCGCUGGAAGCGUCUUAGGAGCAUACAUCUCUUUUGGGAUUCCGUCCUCCCACUUGUUAACGGCUUCAGUUAUGUCGGCACCCGCAUCAUUGGCUGCUGCCAAACUCUUUUGGCCUGAGACGGAAAAACCUAAAAUAAACCUCAAGAAUGCCAUGAAAAUGGAAAAUGGGGAUUCGAGGAAUCUCCUAGAAGCUGCGACGCAGGGAGCGUCCUCGUCCAUCCCUCUGGUGGCAAACAUCGCUGUGAAUCUGAUUGCCUUCCUGGCCCUGUUGUCGUUUGUGAAUUCAGCCCUGUCCUGGUUUGGAAACAUGUUUGACUACCCGCAGCUGAGUUUUGAGCUAAUAUGCUCCUACAUCUUCAUGCCCUUCUCCUUCAUGAUGGGAGUGGACUGGCAGGACAGCUUUUUGGUUGCCAAACUCAUAGGUUACAAGACAUUCUUCAAUGAAUUUGUGGCAUAUGAACACCUCUCAAAAUUGAUCAAUUUGAGGAAAGAGGCUGGACCCAGAUUUGUGAACGGUGUGCAGCAAUACAUGUCGAUUCGCUCUGAGAUAAUCGCCACAUAUGCUCUCUGUGGUUUUGCCAAUAUCGGUUCCCUAGGAAUAGUGAUCGGCGGACUCACAUCCAUAGCUCCUUCUAGAAAGCGUGACAUCGCCUCAGGGUCAGUGAGAGCUCUGAUCGCGGGAACCGUCGCCUGCUUCAUGACAGCCUGCAUCGCAGGUAUACUCUCCAGCACUCCCGUGGACGUCAACUGCCAUCACAUUUUAGAGACUGCCUUCAACUCCAGUUUACCUAGCAACGCAACCAAAGUGAUGUCUUGUUGCCAAAAUCUAUUGAGCAGCACUGUUGCCAAGGGUCCCGGUGAGAUCAUCCCAGGAGGAAACCACAGCCUGUAUUCUUUGAAGGGUUGCUGCAAAUUGUUGAAUCCAUCAACAUUUAACUGCAGUUGGAUUCCUAAUACAUUUUGAGUUCAGCCACUUCUCCAGUGGAACUCUGAGUGCAGAUAAUGAAUUUUCUACUUUGGAAAGAAGAAAAAAAAACUAUUGUCUACAGAUUGAUACUUCCAUCAUGGGAUCGGCUUUAAUUGCAAGGAAAGAAGAAAAACAAGAGUGAACGCUUCAGAACUCCAACAUCUUCCUCCUCCUUGUUCCUCCCCAGCCCACCCCUUCCCUACUGAGAACUACUAUGAUGUCCCAAAAUGAGGCAUCACUUCCUGUCCCAACAAUGUUUUCUGACCUUAGAUUUCCAAAGCAUUUCACUAGAAUACAGGUAUAAAUGGUGGCUCCCAACAACUGGGCUAUGACUCACCCACACCCACUCAAUGUACUAAGUGAAUCUCUAAGUAGUCCAGGGGACUCUUUUUAAACACAUCUCAGGUGAGGUCACUCUGCAUGCACCCUUGCUUACCUGAAAUAGCCCGAACUUGAAUCUCACAUGAAGGAAAACUAAUCAUCCAUCACCUAUUGAUUGGCUACUCUCAGGAAGUCCUACAGAAAUCAGAGUCCUUCAGGAGAAUACACAGACCAUACUAAAAGCAGGGUUAAAAUCGCUUCUCCUUAAAGAGUUCUAUCAGUCAGCUUAAACUAAAUUAUGCUGCAGUAACAACCCCAAAACCUCAGUGGCUUAGAUCUUUAUUUUUCACUAACAUUACGUGUUUGUUAUAGUGAAUUUUGACUAUAAUCCAUGUUGUCUACAUUUCCAGGACCCAGACUAAAGAUGCAGCCCUCACGUGGGGCAUGUCUGUCUUAAAAGAGAGGGAAAAGACAGGUGGGGGACAACAUGAUGGCUCUUAAUUAAGACUUCUGCUAGGACAUGACACUCUUCACAUCCACACCAUUCCAUUAGCCAAACCAAGUCCUAUGAAGCAUGUCAGUGACCAUAAAUGAAUUACCAGUCACAAGGAGGGAUAGUGAAUAUUCUGCAGAGAUAAUAUGAUAUAUACCACAAGGGUGUAUGGUAUCCAUGUCUCCCUUCAAGGAGUCACCCUGUCGUGGGGUGUAAUUGUGGGCCUGUUCAUGCAGAACCCAAUCAUACAUUCCCAGCAACAAGACUGGAAAACAGCUACUCUUUAGUCAAAGAGCCAUGUAACAAGCGAUUGAGAUCUGAAAGCCACUGGGAAUUCCAUCCACCAAGAAGGCAUCAGCAUCAAACUUGACUAAUGGGUGUCAGGGUCUGUGAAGAAAAUUCCAAAGACAAUGGUGGAGCACUCUUAAUUAAAUGCUCAUCACCAUUGCUCUUAAUAGCAUAAAGACCACAUUGUGUGAAAACAAACUCAUUUGACAAUGAGUCAAAAAGUGAUUCACAAGAAAGGGAUUCUGAAUGUGAAAAAGGUUCUGGAAUGCCUAAUUUAUUUUGUUUAUAUUUUGUCUUCUGUCCAUUCACAAGACUAAUUUUUUUAAAAAUCCAUGUGUAAACAGUUGGGUUUUGUUUUUGGUGGUGGUGAAGGAGGUGGCUAAAUGCCCAAAGGACUAUUUAUCCCUAAAGUACAAUAUACUAUUUCUCAUUACUAA